AUGGACCCUUUACCUUCCCAACAAGAACAACAACAACACAAUCUUGACGAUACUAUCCAACAAACCCUAACACAAAAUCCUCAAUCCGAUUCCUCCACCACAGACUCAACCUCUCCUUCUCAACAACGCAAACGUAAAGGCAAAGGUGGUCCCGACAACUCCAAGUUCCGUUACCGUGGCGUCAGACAGAGAAGCUGGGGAAAAUGGGUCGCCGAGAUCCGUGAGCCACGUAAACGCACUCGCAAGUGGCUUGGUACUUUCUCCACCGCUGAAGACGCCGCACGUGCCUACGACCGAGCAGCCGUUUUUCUUUACGGGUCACGUGCUCAGCUCAACUUAUCACCUUCCUCUCCUUCAUCGGUCUCUUCUUCAACUUCCUCCUCCGUCUCCGCCGCUUCCUCUUCUCCUUCGUCCUCUUCUUCCUCCACACAAACCCUAAGACCUCUCCUCCCUCGUCCCUCAGCCUUUGUCCCGCCGUGCGGUCUGCCUUUUACCAACAACGUGUUACUUUCUGGUGGGACCUCUAUGUUAUGCCCUAGUUAUGGUCUUUUCCCUCACCAACACCAACAGAAUCAGAUGAUGACGCAAGUGGGACAGUUCCAUCACCAACCGUAUCAGAAUCUUCACUUUAGUAAUAACAAUAACAAGAUUGGUGACGUGGAGAUUACAAAUAUUCCGGUAGUUAAUUCGACGUCGUUUCAUCACGAGGUGGCGUUAGGGCAAGAACAAGGAGGAAGUGAUUGUAAUAACAACAAUAACUCAAUAGAGAAUUUGAAUUCUCUGUCUGGUUCGUUUGGUUCGACGGUUGUUGAUCCGGUUAGUUCAAUUGGUAUGGAUCCGGGUUAUAAUAUGGUUGGAGAUGCAUCUUCACCGGUUUGGCCUUUUGGUGGAGAAGAGGAGCAUAGUCAUUGGGGGAAUAUUUGGGAUUUUGUUGAUCCUUUCUUGCUUGACUUUUGA